CCUACCUUCGCAUCCAGCACUGCAGGCGCCCAAAAAGAAUAACUGCAUCGUACGCCCGCCGCUGCACAUACAAACACGCAAACGACCUCCCUCCUGACGCUGCCAACCCCUUCUGACCACCGCCCUCCCCGCUCGCUGGCCAUGGCGACCAACCCAACUGCCAUCAACGUCAACGACCCCGGGCUCAUCACUCUAGUCAACAAGCUGCAGGAUGUCUUCACAACAGUAGGAGUGCAAAAUCCCAUAGAUUUGCCCCAGAUUGCCGUUGUGGGGUCACAGUCAAGCGGCAAGAGCUCGGUGUUGGAAAACAUUGUAGGCAGAGAUUUCUUGCCCCGAGGAACCGGCAUCGUGACGCGGAGACCGCUCAUCCUCCAGCUCAUCAACCGCGCCAGCUCCAAACCACAGACGAAUGGCGUCAAAGAGGAGAUCAAGACGUCUGACGCCGAGUCCAACGUCCACGAAUGGGGCGAGUUUUUGCAUAUCCCCGGCCAGAAAUUCCAUGACUUCAACAAGAUAAGGGACGAGAUCGUGCGGGAGACAGACUCCAAGACCGGGCGCAAUGCGGGCAUUUCGCCGGCCCCCAUCAACCUACGUAUAUACUCACCCAACGUCCUCACCCUGACCCUGGUUGAUCUGCCCGGCCUGACCAAGGUGCCCGUGGGCGACCAGCCGAGGGAUAUCGAACGCCAGAUUAAGGAGAUGGUGCUCAAGCAGAUCAGCAAGCCCAAUGCCAUAAUACUGGCUGUCACGGCUGCGAACACAGAUCUGGCAAACUCGGACGGGCUGAAGCUGGCGCGGGAGGUGGACCCGGAAGGACAACGCACAAUUGGCGUGCUGACCAAGGUCGAUCUCAUGGACGAUGGGACUGAUGUCGUGGACAUUCUGGCAGGCCGCAUUAUUCCACUGCGUCUAGGCUACGUCCCAGUUGUCAAUCGGGGGCAGAGGGAUAUCGAGAACAAGAAGGCCAUUUCGUAUGCCCUCGAGCACGAGCGGCAGUUUUUCGAGAACCACAAGGCGUACCGGAACAAGGCGGCCUACUGUGGUACGCCGUAUCUGGCUCGCAAGCUGAACCUGAUCCUCAUGAUGCAUAUCAAGCAAACCCUGCCCGAUAUCAAGGCCCGCAUCUCUGGUUCGCUCAACAAGUACUCGAUGGAGCUUUCGCAACUGGGAGACUCUAUUCUCGGCAAUAGCUCUAACAUUAUCCUCAACAUGAUCACGGAAAUUAGCAACGAAUACCGCGGUGUCCUUGAAGGCAACAACCAAGAACUAUCUGCAACUGAGCUUUCGGGUGGUGCACGUAUCUCGUUUGUCUACCAUGAGCUUUACGCCAAUGGUGUCAAGGCAGUUGAUCCCUUCGACCAGGUCAAGGAUGUUGAUAUCCGCACUGUUCUCUACAACUCCUCCGGUUCUUCCCCAGCGCUUUUCGUCGGCACCACUGCUUUUGAACUUAUCGUCAAGCAGCAGAUCAAGCGCCUGGAAGACCCAAGCUUGAAGUGUGUAAGCUUAGUGUAUGACGAAUUAAUCCGAAUUCUAGGUCAGCUCCUCACAAAGCCCAUGUUUAGGCGGUACCCAGCAUUAAAGGAGAAGUUCCAUGGAGUGGUCGUUUCCUUCUUCAAGAAGGCCAUGGACCCUACCAACAAGCUCGUUCGGGACCUGGUUGCAAUGGAAGCUUGCUACAUAAACACUGGCCACCCUGACUUUAUUAAUGGUUCGCGGGCUAUGGCCAUCGUAUACGAGCGACAUACUGCCGCCAAGCCUACGCAAGUUGACCCUAAGACUGGAAAGCCACUCCCGCCUACAGUACCUCCUCGAGCGUCUUCCCCCUCCUUACCCACUCUGGAUGGGAAUGACGGUGCAGGGUUUUUCGGCUCGUUCUUUGCAAGCAAAAACAAGAAGAAGAUGGCAGCUAUGGAGCCUCCACCACCCACGCUCAAGGCGUCUGGUACGCUGUCGGAGAAGGAAGCACAGGAAGUUGAAGUUAUCAAACUUCUUAUCACGUCCUACUUCAACAUUGUCCGCCGAACAAUGAUCGAUAUGGUUCCCAAAGCCAUAAUGCUGAACCUAGUUUCCUGGACAAAAGAGGAAAUGCAGCGCGAGCUCCUGGAAAAUAUGUACAAGGCCGAAGAGCUGGAUGAGCUGCUCAAGGAAUCAGAGUACACGGUUCGAAGGAGGAAAGAGUGUCAGCAAAUGGUAGAGAGUUUGAAGAAGGCUAGCGAGAUUGUCAAUCAGGUGCAGUAAACGGACUUAUGAUCAGCGGGUUUCAUGCACUUGGUAAUAAGUCGAGCUAAUGAGUAUGAAGGAAGCGGAGAGAUUGUCGGUCUGGGGAUGUUAGAGAGUGUAGUGAGAAGCAAGGCCCUAGGAAAGCAGGCCCCGUAGCAGGCAGGGCCGUUAGGAAGCGGAAUAGCAAGGUCAUGGAUAGAAGGGACGCAAAUUGCGGUCUUGUGCAUUUCACUUUGGUUUUGUGGGAUGUCUGCAAAGACAAACGAGCUCAGUAGAUUUCCCCUCUAUUUUUUGGUCUCGCGAGAUGGAGUCUGCUUACCACAUCCGUCGUAUCACAUCAUCUCACUACAUAUCCCCUUUUCCUGUUCGCGAUACACUUGUUUUGAUGAGCUGGAGAUGUCGAAUUGUUAGAGUAGAUUAUCGUAGUAGAUUAUUGUAUCUGCGAUUAG